AGGAUUCUGCUUUCUACAAACUUACAGAGUCACAAUAGUGCAGUAGAGUACGAAUUUAACCUGACUGUAACUGAAUUCAAACAAAAUGCUUAGAUCUAAAGUUGAAAAACCUGUUAAAUAAAUAAGAUAUUCUAAUUAUAUUGCAAUUAUCGUUUGAAUGAUAAAAGAUAAAUAUUAAUCAUAACUUGAUAAAAAUAAGUUGUAAGUUUCGUUGGUUUCAAUUAAAAUGGAAUAAACAAGUUUUAUAAACUAAAAAAGAAAAAAACAUACGUAAGCAUAUUGGCUCCAUCUACCGCGGACUGAUUACCGCUAUAGCUAUAUGUAUUAGAAGUCCACCAUGUUGACGCUCUAAAAGUAAUAAAUAUUGUCUAAUGGGAACUUCAGUCUAGUAAUAGCUAAGUGAUAUGAAUCAUGACUAGUUCUUCUUACUAGAAGACUUGUGGUGUAACAAUGGAUAUGCACAUAAGUAAUAGACACUCAACAGCAGUUUUGAAUGAUGUAACACAACCCAUUGAUGAAUAUGGAAAAAAUGUUACACAUUCUAAUAACACACGUGUUUUUCAACCAAAAUUAAUAGUUACUGAACGAUCAAAAAAACAGUAUGGACCUAUGUAUGUCAAUGCAUUGCGAGAAGCCCUUUUUACUCAUUUUGAAAAACCAUACAAAGCUCCAGAAGUACCAUUAUCAAUAAUUCAAGAAGGAGACAAUGUCUCUAAAUAUAUUUGCAGACAAUGCAAGGAUUGUUUCCAUCAUCAAAGUAGCUUAGAGGAACAUACAUUUCGAGGGAGUUGGAUUUUAGGAUAUUGGUGUACAGAUUGUUUUCAGGAAUGUGAACAUUUAUCAGGAAAGAAAUUGUAUUGUGCGAAAUGUAUAAAAUUGCGAAUACAAAAAUUUAAAGCCCUACAAGUAAGAGGGUUAAAAAAGCGCAAUGACCCAGGUAUUGUUAAGAUAUUUUUUAAUCCAUGUCAGUUACUAGAACAUAUGCAAAUGCAUAAUUCAGAGGAUAUAGCUGUAAACCAACUGAUGCUUUUACCCUUUCCAAGUGGUAUUGGAAAAGAGUAUUUUCCUCAUUUAAAAAUGAUCAGUGAAGCACUGAUGGAUUUUAUGUUCCUUACCAAUAUACAUAUUGUUGACUGGUUAGUGCAAAAUAAAAUCUAUAAAUGGUGGCGCAUGGCAAAAGGCGAUAACCCUGUGGCUAAUAUUAUAAAAAGAUAUCCUUUUGAAGUACAGCAAAUAAAGCAGCUACUAAGUUGCAAUAACAAAGACAAUCAAAGAUCUAAAUGUAGUUUGAAUAUUAGUAAUGUUUCAAUAUAUGACAACAAGAAAAAUAAUGUCAAAAACACUGCAAAUCUUUUAGAUAAAAAUAAACACAGAUCUAGUGUAUCAUCAUCCAAUUUAAUGAGAUUAAAUACAUCUGAAACAGAUGAUGCAAAUAAUAUUCAAUCUAACAAUGACAUUGCUUUUAUUGAUUGUGGGCCUUGUGAUAGUGAACAGAGUUAUAGUACAGAUAAACAGUUAUUUGAUUCAUCAAAUAAUGUAAAAGACUUAUCUAAUUUAACUAAUACAGCCGAAGUAGGUACUAAUCAAAAUAAAAUUUCUUCAAUAAAAGGGAAAAUAUCUGUAAAAAAAUUUGCUAAAGUUCCUCCAUCUCCUGUAAGAAGUAAUAAUGCAAAAAAUGCAAGUCCUACUGCAGCUUGUUUGAGCAGAGUAAAUGCUACAGCUAAUCAUCGUGUGGUUACUAUUCGCUCUACAAAACCAGUAAAUUUAUCAUCUAUUAUGAAAAACUUUCCUCAAAUAGCAGAUAAAGUUGCAAACAAAAAAAUUGUUUUUGUACACAAAAAUUUGCCAAAAAAUGUAAAUUUGACAAAUUUGAAUGAUUCACUCAAUAAUGAAGGUCAAAAUGUUGGUUUCUUUAGUAAUGGAAGUAGUAAAGAACAAAAUAUUGAAAACCAACAGAUAAUCCGGGCCCAUAAGCUCCAGCAGUCAGACUUAUUACAAACCAAAUUAGACAGUUCAAGUGGUGGUUCUAAAUCAAAACCAGUAAUAAAACCAGUGAGUCAGCAAAACAUUAAGAAUAAUAGCAAAGCUAAGACAAAAGUAAUCAAGAAGGUUUAUCGCCCUAUAAAACCAAAACAGAAUCAGAAAAAGAAUAUACAACAAAAACUUAAUAUCGAAAAUUCAAAUUUAUAUAAAGCAACAUUAAGAAGUUCAACUAGAAGAAUAUUGGAACAAUUUUUCCAUGAAAAUGAAUUGAUGUUCUUGACAAUAAAAAGAAACGAGAAAUCUGGCAAAAAUUUUUUAAGUGUGACAAACAAUAAUGAUUGUUCUACUGAUGAUGCAUUUAUUUAUAGAACAAAAUUUUUUUCGAGCAUAAGUAAAAUGAGUCGAUCUAAAAUUUAUGUGCGAAUUAAUCAUAUUAAAGCCAUGAGCCGAAAGUUCUCUGAAAAGGUGGGUUUUAAUAAUGAAAUUAUUAAAGAACAUCAAAAAUUAAUUUCAAUAUUAGAUAAUAUUGCUACAAAUUCAGAUUCAUCAAAUCAAUUUGUAGAUGAUUAUUUUGGCCCAUUAGUUAAUGCAAGUAGUGGUGAAAUAUGUCCAGUAUGUCAUAAACUCAUUAAGUCAGAAGAAUAUAUAGUUGGAUUUACAAAUGUGGUAACUGACUCAGAUUAUUGUUUGUGUUAUGAUUUUAUCUGCUAUAAAUGUAACACUUUUCAAGGAAACAAAGAGCGUCUUGAAGCUCAUUUGAGAUAUCAUAAUAUUGAAAGUCCUUUUAUUUGUCCUGAAUGCAAUGUAACUUUUUCAUCUUUUCAAAGUCUUAAUGUUCAUGUGUGGACAGAAUGCUUCCACCCACUUAUAAUGCGAUUUUUAUCAUGUAAUAUUUGCGAAAUUGGAGGGUUCUGCAGUUUGGAAUCAAUCAUAAACCAUUUUGUUAUUAUGCACAGUGUCAAACUGGCUGCUUGUAAUGCUUGUUGUAUGGUGUUUGAAUAUAAACGUUUUUGCAUAAGUCAUAUGAAAAAGGGUCAUUCAGAGAGCGCAAAUUUUAAUAAACCAUUAUUGCUCACUUUUUGCCAAUUAGAUGAUAAAGCUAUUCCAAUUGAAUGUUACAAUUUGCAUAUGCAAAAUCAUAAAUGUGUUCAAGAAUCAUAUUUCUAUAAUUGUAACUUAUGUUCAGGCAACAGCAAAUUAUUUAUCACUAAAGAAUUAAUAAAAACACACAUUUACAAAUGUCAUUAUUCAGAACUAUCAAGUUUUAUUGACGCAGCAUCAUUAAGAGAGAUUUUAUUGAGGAAUGACAUUCAACAGAUAUUUGAAGAAAAUUCGACCACUAAUAAGUUAGACACGAAUCUAGCAAUUAAUUAUGAAUCUGAAACAAUGCAGUCUAUUCAAAGACUUGAUACAAAUGAUAGUAUUCCUGAAUUAACACACUCUUCAUCAUCGCAAAAUAUAAGCAUAAAGACCAAAAAUAUAAAUCCAGAAACUACAAAUGUUAAUGAAAACAAGUUAAUAUAUAACUCAAAAAUUUCAAAAAAUUCAUUCAAAAAAACGAAAAAUACUAGAAAGAAAAGUAACAAUCCUGUUGAUCCAAAAGAAGAUGCAUUAUCAAAUGAUAAUCCAAAGUUUAAUCACAACAACAAAUCAAGCUAUUUGGAGUUAUGUAAACAACUCAAUUUAAAUUCAAGUGAUAUUGAACUUAUGACAUCAGUUGAUGGAGAAAACCUGAACACAAUUGAAACAAGAAAUAUAGAGAAUAUAAUACCUGAUAAACCAAAAAAUAUUGAUCAGUAUCAUCAUAAUACAAAUAAUGAUUUAAUAGAAACUUCAGAAAAAACGUUUGUCAGUUCUCAAAGUUAUAAGCUAAAAGAUAAGUUAAAUAAUACUGAGCAGAACCAGGAUACACCGUUAGAUGAUAAUUCUGAAACACCGCUUAAUUCUGACCUAUGCGUUGAUAGCGUUUUAAAGGAAACUUCAGAGAAAACGUUUGUCGGUUCUCAAAAAUCUGAACUUAAUAUUGCAACAAACGACUCACAAUUGGCUAAUGAAGAAAAUGUUAGUUUUAGCGAUAUUACUGAUGAUAAUAAUAUACGUAAUGUAAAUUGCAAAGAAACAUCUGAAACAAGUGAUAAUAUUGAUUCCGUAAGAGAAAAUAUAAGUCCUUUAAUAUCAGAAGAAUGGAAUACUAUUUCAAGAAUCAUUUUAGGUUCUGACAAGCCAAAACAAAUUAAUGUAUGUGAUAGUGUUAAAGAGAAUAACCACUGCGAUAAAUCUGAUAGCUUAAAAGAAAGCUAUGAAACCUCUAUAAUGGAAAUCUCAUCAGCUCAUGAUUUAAAAGAUAACAAGCAAUGCAAAGAUACAACUAAAAUAUCUAAUAAUAUUACUUCAGAUUGUGAGUCUGUCGAUCUGGAUAAGAGUGUAGUAAACAGCAUUGAAUUGUUUGAUGUACAUCAAAAAGAGAAAUCUGGUAACAUUAACUCUAUGAAUUUGAAACCAAAUAAUGAAGAACAUUUGAAAGAUUUAUUGGCAGAAAAAGAAAUAGAAAAAGAUUAUAGUUUACUGACUAUUGAAGAUGAUACACAGAAUUUCUCUAAUUGCUCUAAAAAUAAUAGUGAUCCUUUACAAAUUCAUCAAUUAAAAAGCGAUAAAAGCAGAGAGUCUCAUGUUUUAACACUUGAUGAGGAAAGUGAAAAAAAUGGAUUGAAAAAAAUAUCUUUGGUUCCACUUAAAGAGCAAGAUAGUUGUGUUGUAAAAAAUUCACUAAGUGAUAAAGUCGAUAUGCAAAAGUCAAUAGAGUAUUCUACAUCAGAUGAUGCUUCGAAAAUUGAUGAGAGUUGCAAAAUAUUAAAUGAUUCAGUUUCAAUUAAGAAUAAUGAUACGAGAUUAUUUAUUUCUCAAACGCAUGAUUAUAUAGCUAAACAUAAUUAUGUUGAAAUUGAUAAUAAAUCUGGUAAUAUUGAGAAUACUAGUAGCUCACCAAAUAUAGUGAAUAAAAACAAAGAAAAUAGCGAUAAUACAAAUACAAUUUUACAAGAAUUAACUUACGAGUGUGGAAGUAAUAAGGAGAUACAAAAAGGUAUUGAUAGUCUAAAACUUACUGUAAAUUUACAAACUGAAAAAACUGAAAGUGAGUUUAUGUCUAGUAAAACAGAUAGCAUGACAGAAACCCAGAGCGUUAAAGAAAAUUUGACAAAUACAGAUAACAGCAUAGAGUUGCAAGAUGAUAGAAUGCAUAUAAUAAAUCAAUGUAAACAAAUUUUGAAUGAGCCAGUAGAAUCCUCAGAAAUAAUAAUAACUGAUAUGAAUAAUUCAAAUUCUCUAACAAAUGAUAUAAAAAAUACGAAAAAGCAAACAUUGAUUUAUGAAGCUGUUGAGGAACAAGUGCAUGAACGUAAUCAUAUAACAGGUAAUGAAGAAUUUACCAAUGAGAAUAUCAAAUCAAUUUUAUUGGUCAAUGAUGGCACUACAAUUGACAAUGAAACCGGAAAAGAAUCAUUAAACAAGGAUACAAAAAGUCAUGUCAAACAUCAUGACAAUAACUUUCCCGUGACAUUGCCAAUUGAAAAUUGUAACACAUUACAAUGUAUUAAUGCAGAACAAGAAGUAAACAUUGGAAUGGUAGAUGAGGACCAUGUUAAUUCAUUAAUGGAGCAAAGAUCUUUGUCAGGUAGCGAUCGAAAUGAAGAAAGCGAAGAAAGCCUGGAAACCAAUGAAUUGUUAGUUGCUGGAAGCACAAUUUUCGAUCAAUGUAUGAGCCUAGAUAAAAUGAACAAUGAUUUGAAAAAUAAAGAUAAAAUUGUGAACACAGCAGUGGAGAAAAUAUUGGUAUCAGGUAGAGAUAUCUCACCAGAACGUGAACAUUUUGAAGAAAUCAAUGAUUCAGUAACAAUUGCCGAGAUUAAUGAAGUAGAGCAGUGCAAUGAUAAAAAAUAUCUGAUGAAACAAAACGAAUUGUCAGGGAUAGAAAAAUUUGAACGCUCAUUGAUUAAGGAUAUUUCUGAAUUAAAAAUUAUUAACCAAAUGAAUGAAUUAUCAACUAUUCAAGAAAACAAUUUAUUAGAACAAUGUGUUGUUGAAGAAAGCCAAUUGAACAUAAACAGUUCUCCUAUUAAAGACUUAGCUAUGCACACAUUGACUGAUAAAAUGUCUGUAACUGGUAUAAAACGCAACAAACAUAUUAAAAAAGUUAAUGAAAAAUUAGAUAAGAUACACCAAUGCUUUGUUGAAAAAAACCAAAUAAACAGUAAAAGCUCAUCCGACAAUGAAAAACUUGAGCACAAUUUGAUUGAAGAAAUGCUUACAUCUGAUAAAAAUGUAGAAGAACAUGAACAUUUUGAAGAAAACACUGAACUAGAAACAAUUUUAGAAAGCAAUGAAUUAGAGCAACCAUUUGAUAGAGAAGAUCAAACAAGUGCAAAAAGUUCAUCAGAUAAUGAUAAACGUGAGCACACUUCGAUUGAGAAACUAACAAUAUUGAAUAAAGAUAUUGCAGAAGAAUGUACAAAUUUUGAAGAAAUCACUGAAUCAGUAAACAUUUUAGAAAGCAAUGAAGCAGAGCAACUUUUUGAUGAAAUAAAUUCAAAAAGUUUAUCAGAUAAUGAAAUACUUGAGAAUGAUUUGAUUGUGAAAGUACCUGUCUUAGACAGUAAUAUUAUUAAGGAAUGCAAAAAUUAUGAAGAGAUUAAAAAAUCAGUAACGAUUGAAAAAAAUGAAGAAAUACGUCAAUGUAUUAGUGCAGAAAUACAAACUGAUGAUAAAAGUACGCCAGAUAUUGAAAAGGUAGUACAUUCGUUUAUUGAGGAAAUUGCUGCAUCAAACCAAGAUAUCACCUCAGAAAUUGAAAAUUUUGAAGGAAUUGAUGAUUCUAUAAUAAUUGAAGAAAGCAAUAAGGUAGACCAAUGCUUUGCUGAUAAAGAAUACACAAAUCAAAAAUGUUUUAAAGAUAGUGAAAAUAUUGGAUACUUGACGAUUACAGAAAUGUCUGUAUCAGAUCAAAAUGUUACAGAAGUAUGUGAAAAUUUCGAAGAGGUUAUUGAAUGUGUAACAACUUUUGAAAGUAAAUUAGAUAAGUCCUUUGAUAAAGAAAAUCAAACUAAUGGAGAAAGUUCACCAGAUAAUAAAAAAGCUGAGAAUUCACUCAAUGAAGAAUUUUCUGCAUCAACAAAAGAUAUUACUAAAGAAUAUGAAAAUUCUAAAAAUAACGACGAUUUAAUAGCAAUUGAAGAAAAUGUUGAAUUAGAUCAAGCUUUUGACAAAGAAGAUCAGACUAUUGAGCACUCAUUGAUAGAAGAGAUGUUGGAGGCAGGUAGAGCUGUUAAGGAAUUUGAUAAUGUAGAAAAAAUUAAUGAAUUAGAAACACUUGAAAAAGGAAAUGAAUCAGAUCAAUCUCAUGGUGCAGGACAUCAAAUAGUUGAUACUAAUUUGACAUCUGAAGAGGAAAAGAUACAGUUAGCUGUAGACAAAAAUUUAUCAGACAGAGGCAUUAGUGAAGAAAAUGAAAAUAUUAAAAUAAAUAAUGAUGGAAUGGGUGUUGAAUGUGUUGACCAAUCAAUUAGAGAAUCACAUGUAAACAGUGAACAAAAUUCAGAGAAUAUAUCAUUUGAAGAGAAAAUGACAGAACUUGAAGGAAGAUCAAAUAAUUGUAUAACUAGUAAAAGCAGUAUUGAUAAUGAAGAAAUAUCAAAUUUAACGGAUGAUUCGUUUGAAAAUAGUAAUCUUCUAAAUAUAGAUCAGUUAACAGUUGCAGUGAAUCAUGAAUCAAUUACUAAUAAUAAAAAUGAAGCUGUAUUAGAAACAGCUAAAGAAUCAAAUAAUAAAGAUUUGAUAAUUCCAUCGUCGAUUAAAGUUAAAAUUACAACUGAUAAAAUUAAUGUAAAUACCUUACCUGGUCAUUUUGUUCCUGAAAAUUUAACAUCAGAAGAAAACAAGAUGGCAGUAAAAGAUUUAACGCUAAAGACACAAAACUCUUCAGGUAGUAGCAAAGAAAGUAAUAAAGCACAAAAUAUAAAAAAUACAGAAAGUGCAGACAGUGAGAGUAAUGAAAUUUCAAUUCAUAAAAAGCAAAUUUAUAUAAAAAAUAAUAUAAAUGAGUCAGUAGACAACUCUUACCUAUCUAGUAAUGUAUCUUCGUCAGCUGAAGCAUCACCAGCUGUUGAAUCUAAAAUAAUAAGCGAAGAUUCUAGUUCAUUAGAUUUGGUAAUAAGUGUUGAACAACCAAUUGAAAAAACAAAUGCAUUUAUUCAUGAAAUGGAUGAUUCUAGUAGCACAGACGUUUUGCAUGACGUAAAAGAAAAGAAAGAUGUAUCUAUGUCUGAAGAUGUUAUAAAAUGUAAUGAGUAUGAGUUGAAGAAUUUAUCAUUGACUGAUGACGAAAAAAUUAAUUUAUCGAAAAAUUCAAUAAGUUUGGAAUUUCAAGUAGAAAAUUCAGUUGUAAAUGUCAAGCGAUUGAGAAGUAGAUCGAGUAAUAGAUUGAGCAAUUCCAGCUCUGAAGUUAUAAAAUCAAAACGAAAAUGUAAGAUCAAAGCAACAACUCAGCUAGGCAAAGGGCAAAAUUUGACAGAAAAGAAUCUCAAAAAAUCAAGGCUUGAAAAAAAUAUUGUUAAUUCUGUUGAUACUCUGGUAGAAGAAAACGAAUUAGUAAAAACCCAAAAAGUAGAGAUACGGAAAACAAGAUCAAAGUCGAAAAUAAGAAGAGACGAAUACUUGAAAAAUUCAAAUGUUAAUUUGGAUAAUAAAUCCGUUAGUUCAGAUGCUGAGGAAGCAAAGGCCAUUAGAAGAAAUCUCAAAAGGAAUAGAUCAGAAAAUAUCUCGAAUACUGAUCAAUAUGAUAAAAAAAAUAAGCUAAAACAGUCUCUACUUAUGCAAAUGCCAACGCUUCGAUUAAUUAAGACACCUACAAGGUCAAGUCCUGUUGAUUUUUCUGCUUUGCCUGAAAAAGUACCAAAACUUAGAGCAGUUAAAAAAUAUAAAAUUGGCUUUGAUAAUAGUACACACGUGUUAAACAAAGUUUAUAAAUUUAAAUGUCAUCUGUGUGGUGACGCGAUAAGUACUAGUUGGUCAGUAGUGAGUGAUCAUUACAAUAAAAAACAUGCUCACAAUUAUGAACUUUGUAUUAUAUCGCCUAAACUAACACGUCUUUCCGAUGAAGAUAUUAAUAGAAAUAAGAGGAAAACUGAUAAAAAACGAAAAUCUUCUGAAGCAUCUUUAGCAAAUCUUAAGAAGAGAAAGCGCUUGAGUCCAAAAAAGGUCAAUGAAAAAAUUUGGAUAAGUUCAGAUCGAACUUCUGGACUCUUUGUACAGUUAGAAUCGGUGAUUGAUGGAGAAGGACAUUUUAAAUGUAAAAAAUGUGAUGAAAGGUGCAUAAAUAUGGCGGAAUUGCGACAACAUAUUAGCGAUAGUCAUCGAAUCGCUAAGAAAAAUCUUAUUUGUUUGGAAUGUGGCGAGAAUUUCGUCGUUUCACCUAGUUUGCAGAUGCACUUAAAAGCUUUUCAUGGAAUUGAGGAUCCAGUUGCUUACAUGAACAAAUAUCCGACUUAUGCACCAGAUAUUGACGAUUUUGAAGCAGACGCGAAAACAACUGCUGCUAAUCAAUGUCAUGUUUGCAUGGCUGUUUUCAAAGAUAAGUUGUCUGUUGAUAAACAUCUUAGAGUUCACGGAAUGGCAUUUCUCAGUAAAAAACGAAGAGAAGCAAGAAAUGCUCAAAUAUCCAAAGUCGAAAAAUUUGAUAAAGAUCAGUAUAAUUCAAGUACAGCUCGUGUAAGUCAAGAAACGUAUAGAAACAAAGCUACAUCCAGCUCAAACGCGGAUAAAGCUAGUAGCUCGAUUUCGUCAAGAUGAUCGAAUCUAGAAGGCAGUGUCCUUCCCACAUAAAUUAUAUACCUAUAGAUGAGAUAUUGGUGUCUGUUCAUUAAUUAAAUCAACAAACGAGUAUGAAAUGAAGGGAUAAAUAUUAUAAUGAAAAAAGAAGACUGUGUAUAUAUAACAUUCUUUCGUGAUAAAAAGUGUAUGGUCUAGCAAUAAUUAAGCAUGUUUUAUAAUUUGUAAUUGAAAUAAGUCAGUUUUUUCAACAUGCACAUUCAAACUAUUUUAACAUAUAAGAAACAAAUAUGUCAUAUUUGUUAUUAGAUUAUCCAAUACUAAUCACUGCAAGAUUGGAAUUAAUGUUUCAAUGUUGCACAAUUUUUGUAAUCUUGUAAAAAUUAAUUUUUUAUUAAUAGUAAUAAUAUGCACUGUAAUUGGUCACUACAUAUUUAAUGCUCUAGUGCUUAAAGAUUUAUGAAGUGCUUAUUAUGAAAAACAAGCAGAUAUUUAACAUAAUUAAAAUAAUUUAUUAGCAAGUUUUAAUUAAUGAAAUUUGAUCAAAGUAAAAUGUGUAUAUGCAUAUCAUCGCAAAUCUGGCAAUUGCAAUACCCGAACAGUAAAUUAAAUAUUUUAGUCAAAUUUUCUUUACCUUUUGUUAUUUAAAGUAUACAUAUAUUCUACAAGGAAUAUUGUUUAUAUUUGUGUCUUCUUCAAAUGGCGUUAAUGAUAUUCUAAACAAAUUACAUACGCCCGUUACAGUGUACAGACACAGCAAUUCUUCCACCAAAAUACCAAUUUUUGAUGUAAAAGUCAAAACUUAAGAAAAUGGGUAUCCUUUCACUAAUCAAUUAUUUCUAUUCGAACUGUGAUCACCGAAAAAAAAAAUAAUAAAAUGAAUUAGAAUUGUUUUUUAUGCGUCACAUAUACAAUUAUAGACUCAUUAAUUUUAUAAAGGAUAUAACAAUACUUGUUUUUUAAUGACGUGACGUCAUACGUUUGAUUAAUAUGAUAAAAUCAACUGUAAGAUACGUAUUAACUUUUAAGUAAUCAAUUAGUUUGUACAUAAAGGAAAAUCUUGCUAUUAUAUUGUUAUUUUAUUUAUUAUGCUAUGAACGCGCUCAUACACAGCUUUACAAAAUAUAUUUCGAAAUCAAUAUAGUGGUUCUGUUAGUUAAAAUUUAAAAGUUUACUAUAGGUAUAAUACAUUAAAUGUACAGAAAAUAAGGUCACAUGCGAUUAUUAUAAAUUAUAAAUAUAAAAUUUUUAUGAUUAAUUAUAAAGUAUAAAAAAAGGUUUAAUCGUACUAGAAUUUAGUAGUUGCAUCAACCAUCAAAAUAAUGCGACCGUUCAUAAAAUUGACGAAGAACAAAAUUUGUCAAACGUGGCGAAAAUUAUAAUAGAAAAGGUUAUGCGUAGACUAAACAUCUCUUUAUUUUUAAAAUUAUACAUUAAAAUUAAUGACGAUACAAAACUAAAUAACGGAAUUAAUAAACAGAAAAGUUACUGUUAUUGGGCAGUAAAGCUAUAUAAAUAAUCAGUAGUAGCAACUAAGUUUAUUAACUGUAAGCAAAUGUAAAAAAAAACACAUAAUUGAUGGAGAUUUGUUUUAAAUCUCAAGUAUUUACAAUGUACACUUUUCGUCGAGGAAAUUUUCUUUGCGUUAUAUUUACUAUUUAGUUUUAAUCUUAAACUAUUUACUUCCAUCUUAAAUUCUUUUUGUAAUAAAAUCGACAUUGUUAUAAUAAAAUAAAUUUCUACAACAUGAUAA